ACAUAAGAAAGUUGUCAACAACACCAACAUCAAUCAAAUAUAUUUCUCUUUAAUUUUGGGGCGAAUGAAACUAAAAUAUUACAUUUAAAAACAUGGGAACAGAAGUGGCUUUAUCAUUUAACUCUUUACGUACACAAUUAGAAAAUGAAAGAAGUAGUUUGUAUAAAAUUGAUGAAAAUAUAAAAAAAAUAGUGCAAACUACGGGUCGAUUUUCCAAUAAUAGGUAUAAUGCUUCUGGUGACAACUCUAGAGGGCAAAGACAGCCAAACCGGAAUUAUCACAAUACAGAUGUGAAUAAAAAUGAUGAUGUAUUUAAACGUAAACAUGAAACAAAAACUGUUUUUAGCAGGAUAUCAGCAAAAACUGCAGAUAGUGAUGGAGAAGAUGAGGCAUCUGGUCCUAAACGGUCUAGAGUUUCUUCGGCGGUAUGCCGAGAACUACCAACAAGAGCGGCUGUGCUUAGAGCUCAAGGUGAUGAUGAGCAAGCUAGGACUAGGAAUAGAAGGAUAUUUGGUUCCUUACUUGGAACCCUUCAGAAGUUUAAACAAGAAGAAAUAGUCUUGCAGACUAAAGAGGACAAAAAAGCCCAAGUUGAAAGAAAAAUUGAGGAACUAGCUCGCUUAGAAAAAGAAAGGGAGUUGAAAGAGCGUAAGGUAUUGUUUGCUGAACGUGAACUCAAAAAAGCCACUAUUAAAGCUUUAGAGGCCAAAGUGGCACGUGUUCAAGAGUUCGAGAAAUGGGAACUAUCACAGAGUAAUCUUGGAAACUUUAUACUGACUAAAGCUAAGCCUCAUAUCUACUGGCUGCCUAAUCUAAAUAAAAUGUCUGAAAAGGUUCAAGAAAAGUUAAAAUCAAGCCAGCGUUAUCAUGAAAAAUGCAUGUCUAAAAAGCGUCAAGAGCUAGAAGAAGAGUUGCAGAAAAUAGAACAGAGGUGCUUACGACAAAAGGCACCAAGGGCCAAGGAAAACAAUCCUGAGGCCAAUGAUCAUGCAUCUAACAUCAAUCCUGAAGAGGCUGAAAAUGGUAAUAAGAAGAGAGAUAAGUUUGCUAUGGAUGCUGAUGAGAAAGAAGACAGUGAUGGAGAGGAACAUCCAGAGGAAAAAGAAUUAGACCAGAAAACAGAAAUAAAAAAUUAUUUGGACAAAGAUACAGAACUGAAUGAAGCUAUAAUAGAACAUCAAGAUAAUGUUAAAGAUGUUGAAUUAGAAGUUACAACAGUAAAUAACACUCAUGAAGACAUCAAUACCAAUGCAACUGAAACAUAUGACAAAUCUAUUUAAUAUAAUUUAAACCAUUCCUAGAUGUAGUCAAAAGGCUGAAUGGUGGAUCUGCUUCAAGAUAAAAUGCAUUUGGUAUCUAUGACCUAUUGUAAUAUUUAGAAAUUUAUUUAAAUUUAAAGUAUGUAUACCAUUAGUAGCAUAGUUAAACCAAACAUGGAGUAUAUCAAAAAAAAAAGAAACCUGAAGGUUUACAACUUGGUGUAGAUUUUAUUUAAUUAUCAUUAUGAUACAAUUCUAAGGAAACUGUAUUUUGUAUAAUUAUAUAAACUUGCUUUUUUAAGUUUAUUUAUGUUAAAGCCAUAAUAGUUUUAUGAAUACACAUUCAAGAUCCACUACUUGGCCUAAACUGUGUCCUAAAUUAAAGUUAUAUUAUUAUAAUAUUUACUUUCAAAUGUUGUUUUAAGUCAUAUUGAAUCAAUAAAAAUAUAAUAUUA